UGAAGAUCUAAAAUAUUUGGUGACUUUUUGUUCACGCCUUACUGACAGAAAAGUACGACUAUGAGUUAUAUUCUUAGAGUUCGUACCCUUCUGUGAUGUUAUUUUAUGUUUCUCGUAGCCUGCUUUCUAGAUGUUGCCAAGACUUCGCGAUUAUUUUGCAACAGAUCUCGAUACAGAAAUCUUCCCUUUCUCCCCUUUUAUAUAUCAGCCCAUCAUACUAAUGUGCAUUGUUUCCGUGAUAUAAAGUUACUCAUUGCUGAUAAAACCAGGGGCGUAUAUAUGGGGGGUGCCGAGGGGGCCAGGGCCCCUCCCGAAAUCCGAAGGAAAAAAAUUAUAUAUAUACACGUAUAGUUAGUUGAUAUUCGGAUGGCUUUGCUAGCAAAUAGUUUCCGAAAAAAAGUAUAGAUGGCGCUAAGAGUAUCGUAAAUCUAAAAUGAAGGCGUACAAUGAAGGCGUGGCCUAUUUUGAAGACCCAAUCGAGAUUUUGAAUAGGUUCCUUUUCGAAGAUUUUAGACUGUUCCAGAAAUCAAAGCUUCUCGAAUUCAUGCGCUCUAACUCAAUCUAUAUAAGCGGGAAACAUUUGUUGUUAAGUCAAUUGCAUUCAUAAUGAAGAGACAAGCUUCUAUUAUAAAUUUUUUUGCAAAAAAACAGAUUGUAAAUAAGUCUAUUAGCGACAGUACUGAAGUUGGCUGUGCUACUAAGAAUGUUUCUUCUGGUUUCGAAGGUAUUGGUACGGUUGAUCCACAUCCAGCCCCACUUACAGAGGACUUCAACCAGGUAAAAAGAAAUAUCUAUGAUAUUGGAAACUAUUGUCAAAACGAUUCCGUUCGUUCGUUAACAAAUGAAGAAAAAAUUUCGCUUGUAGAAAAUGUUUGGAAACCACAACCUGCAUACAAAUUUCCUUCUAAUUCCAGUUGUUCUACUUCAACCCAUACUAGAACUUUUCAAAUGAAAUGGUUAGAAGAAUUUGAGUGGUUAGCUUAUUCUGAAGAAAAAUCCGGAUCUUUUUGUAAAUAUUGCGUAAUAUUUUCACCUUCCAAUACUGUAGGAAAAGGAGAUCAUCAAGUAACAGGGGCAUUAGUAACACGGGCAUUUAAUAAUUUGAAAAAAGCCAAGGAAAUAUUUCGUAAACAUGAAAAUUGCAUUUAUCAUAAAACAUCAGUUUUGAUUGCUGAAGACACAAAAUCCAUUGUAAAAAAAAAGCUGACAGUGUUAUCAAUCAAGUCAAUUCUCAAAGAAAAUUGGAUAUUGAAAAAAACAGAAAAAGAUUGAUUCCUAUUAUACAAACUAUAAGAUUUUGUGGAAGGCAACAAAUAGCAGUGAGAGGUCAUCGUGAUGGUGGACGAAUAGGCCUAGAAGAACCCGAAAAAAAUGACGGAAAUUUUCGAUCAUUGCUGAGAUACCGAGCUAACAGUGGAGAUAAAGACCUUAAAGAUCAAUUAAUGAACAGUGGUGGGAAGAGUAUGUACACCAGUUCUUUUAUACAAAACGAAAUCAUUGACACGUUUGGUCAUUUAAUCCAAUCUCAAAUUGUGACAAAUGUCAGGAAGUCUAUUUUUUAUUCCAUUUUAGCAGAUGAAACCACUGACAUUAGCCAAGUAGAGCAGUUUUCUCUUUGCGUACGGUAUGUUGAAGACCAAUCAUACGAAAUUAGAGAAGAUUUUUUAACUUUCGUCCCCGUUCAUGACGUUACUGGUGCAGGCUUAGCUAACACAGUGUUGGAGACCUUGUCAAGUUUAGGAUUUGACUUAAAGAAAAUGAGAGGUCAAGGAUACGACGGUGCUUCCGCGAUGAGAGGGCAAUUCAGAGGGGUACAAGCUUUUAUCAGAGAAAAACUUCCACUGGCCUUGUAUACACAUUGUUCAUCACAUAGUCUAAAUUUGUGUUUGUCAGAUGCAAGUAACAUCCCUUCUAUAAGAAAUUGCAUGGGCGUUAUCAAAGAAGUCUGCGGAUUUUUCCACAAGUCAGCCAAAAGAACUGAAAUACUGAAAUCGACGAUAUCUGACUGCUGUCCUGAACAGAAAAAAAAGAAACUUAUUUCACUCUGUGAAACACGAUGGGUGGAUAGGCACGACUCUGUGUUUUUGUUUAAAGAUAUUUUAGAACCAAUCAUUCUCUCUCUUUUGAAAAUAGAAGAAGAAUCAAGUGACUCAGCACCUAAGGCACAUGCUCUAGGUAGUUCUAUCAGUCAAUUUCAAUUUCUUGUCAAUCUUUUUCUUUUGAGCCGCAUGCUGUCAACUACACAUAACUUAUCCGAGACGCUUCAAAAAAGAAACAUAGAUCUUUCUCAAGCCAUGGCAAAUGUUACAAGCGUCUUAGAUCUGCUAUCGAAGCAAAGGGCAAAUGCUGAAGACAACUUUAAAACCCUGUAUGUUGAAGUAAAGGAAUUUGCUGAAAAACUCGACAUUAAAGAAGAGAUUCCAAGAAUUUGUCGUCUUCAAACAGCCCGCAACAACGUCCCUUACAGCACAAAGGAAGAGUACUAUCGACGAAUUGUUUAUGUACCUUACCUUGACGAUUUUUGUAAUUCCCUAAAGGAACGCUUUCAAUCUCACAAGGAAACAGUUGCAUCCUUACAACACAUACUUCCAGAAUUUUGUAUAAAAACAGAUUUCAGUUCUCUGGAAGCUGCUUUCAAUUUCUACGAAGACGAUUUGUCCCAUAAAGAGAUCGUGAAAAGUGAAUUUAUGUUAUGGAGAGAAAAGUGGAGUCGGGAUAAAUCUGAAGAUCUUCCCAAAACAGCAAUUUGUUGUUUAGAAAAAUGUGACAAGACUUUCUUCCCUAACAUUUAUAUUCUUUUAAAAUUACUAGCAGUUCUACCUGUUUCUGUUGCGACUGUGGAAAGAAGCUUCUCAAGUUUAAGAAGACUGAAGUCUUACUUAAGAAACACCACUUCGGAAAAUAGACUUAAUGGACUUGCAUUACUUUCCAUCCAUAGAGACGUUAAAAUAAGCGAUGAAGAAGUACUUGAUAAGUUUGCAAGUGUACCAAGAAAUCUGAACUUUGUUUUGUAAAUUUUACUUAAAAAGACAAACUUCUUAUAUAUAAAUAUAUAUAUAUAUAUGUAUGUACAGUCGUCA